AAUUUAUUUUGUUUCAGAACAUGAUGAUCGUGUCAAUGACAAUAUACGAAGAGUAUCUUUCAAACCAGGAAGCAACCGCAUUGGAAAUCCUAGAAGUGGAGAAUUGGACAUGGCUAUUCGUGCGAGUAUUGCUGAUGAUGAUGUUGAUAUGAGCACACCAGGCUCAAGUGGAAGAGGUUCUGGGCGGUUCAACCCAUAUUUUGGGAGAGGCCGUUUUGUUGGUAGAGGUGGCAGAACUUCAUGUAGGAGUUCAGGUAACAGAAGGAGACCAGGUCGUGGCAGCCCCCCUGUACCUUCACAGUUCAGCCAGAAGAAUGGUCCAGAUAACACAGUAUCAUGGUUUAAAGUAACAAUUCCUUAUGGGGGCAAGUAUAGCAAAGAUUACAUCCUGAAAACAUUACUGGCCAGUGUCGCACCAACUAUAUUUAUUCCGCUGCGUUAUGAAGUUCGAGGAUCAGAUUCGUCAUUUUUUGUUGAUGAUUAUAAUGCCGCAGAAAAGUUGACCAGCAUUAGCAAGAAAAUUACUACAUUUAAAGGAUUUAAGCUGUUGGUGAAAGUAAGGCCUGGCUUACCGCAUGUAGAGAUUGAUUCUACCAUGAAGGAAAAAAUAAAGGCAGCAAUGAUUAAGCGUUUCAAUGUUAACUUAAAAGCCCUUGAUUUGUCACGUUUUCACACGGAUCCAGAUCUUAUGGACAGUUAUGCUGUGGCAUUGUUCAGACCCGCCAUGAUGUUGGCAGUGUUGGAUAUUGUUGUGGAAAAUGCUCCUGAUCUGGCAGCACUCGAUUUAUCUGACAACAAGCUGUACUCACUUGACAACCUCAGUGUGCUUUCUACUAAACUCCCAAGCCUCAGAGUCCUUUACAUCGGGAGAAACAGGAUACGGGACAUACAUCAGUUGGACUGUUUAGAGGGCCUUCGUCUAGAAGACCUAAUGUUGGAUGGAAACCCUCUGUGUGACAAAUAUCAGGAUCAGAAUGUAUAUGUAAGUGAAGUGAGGAAGAGGUUCCCAAAGGUGUUGAAGCUGGAUGGAGUUGACCUGCCUCCACCAAUCCUGUUUGAUGUUAAUGAAGACUUACAGUUACCAAAAAGUAAGGGGAACUACUUAUGUACAGAAGAAGGCUUGAAUAUGGUCCGCCAAUUCCUGGAACAAUUCUACCAACUGUAUGACAGUGAUAAGAGAGAACAGUUGGCUAAUGCUUACCAUAAUGAUGCCAUGUUUUCAAUUACGUCAACAUAUCCACCUGGUCAGAGUUCCACUACCACUUCCAAGCUCGUGAAUUACAUCACAGACAGCCGGAAUCUUCUUCGUGUGAAAGAUAAUGGUAGAAGACAAAAGUUACUGUACCAAGGAAAGUUGGCUAUAAUUGCUUGUCUUUCCAAGCUACCCAAAACACAUCAUUAUCCUCAUACAUUUGUUGUAGAUCUCACACUUUUCACGCCGCAGUUGAUUAUGGUAUCAUUGACGGGCUUAUUUCUGGAGCCAGGACCCACAAGAAAUGAACCUCUUAGGUCAUUCAACAGGGUGUUAGUCAUUGUGCCUUAUGGUGAGGGUUAUUGCAUCAUUAAUGAGGAGCUGUUUGUGACAAAUGCAACAGAUGAACAAAGUAAGGCGGUAGUGAGAACUUUGCCACCAGCCGUUAUGUCACCACCUACACCAGCUCCUACACCAGUACCAGUUGCAGUCUCCCCUCAAGCUGCUUUUACUGAUGAUAUAAUGAAGCAGCAGAUGGUGGAAGGAUUUGCUGUUCAGUCUGGGAUGAAUGUGCGUUGGGCAAGAAAGUGUCUAGAAGAUUCGAACUGGAAUUUUCAGCAAGCUGUAUCUGUUUUCACUGAACUAAAUAAGAAAGGGACAAUUCCACCAGAAGCAUUUAUGAAGUGAAUAUAGACACGUUUUAUCAGAAAAUUUAUUUUUGAAAGGUUACAUCUCAGUGUCCAGUGUUGUCUCAGUGUAUAAGUGGAAAAUUUUGGAAAGACAUAUUAGAUCUUGAUGGUGUGCCAGUGAGGUUACAGUCGUUCAUCUGUGAGUGAAAAGCUGAUCUAAAUGUGCAAAAUUAAAAUGUAGUGAAGUAAGAUGUGUGUGAGUACCAUCGAAAUUCUGUUGGCACAGUUUGAACCAGAACUACUUAUUUAAUGAGUUGUGUUGUAUUGUUGCAAAGCCCAGAUAAUACGUUAUUCCUUAUUCUUACCUGUGUUACUGGCCUAAAGUUCACUGCGGGAUCUGUGAAAGGGUUGGCGAUAAAUAAAGCCUCAUGCUGCAAUAACACCACUCAAAGACCAUGAUUCGUUAUUGUUGUAGCAAAAGAAAUGUCUUUUGUUGCUGAUAUGAUAACUUCACCCCCCAAAUAUAAAAUGUCUUGAAUUUUAUUUCAGUAGCUUAUAUUGUAAAAGUAAUACUUUCUAACGUCUUUUAUGUAUGUAUAUAUGUUAUGAGAAUAAUAAUAAUUUGUAAAAAUUUUAGUUUUGGUAAUUUGAAAACCUACAUAGAACAGAGAGGAAACUGUUCUCUUUGGUAUAGAUUUUGAAUAACAGACGCAUUGGUGGUUUUUUCAUAUUUUGCUGAUGGUUCAGAUUUUUAACUGACAUAUAUUUCUGAAUGCAUACAAAUUCUGUGUGCGAUAAUAGGAUUAACUUAGUUCAGGUACUUAUGUUAAGUACUGGCUGUGAUUGUUUAGAAUGUUGGUAUACUAUUGAUGUCUUUGGGAAAUUCCAGUACAGGCAUACCUCGUUUUAUUGCGCUUCACUUUAUUCUACUUUGCAGAUAUUGCAUUUUUUACAAAUUGAAGGUUUGUGGCAACCCUGCAUCGAGCAAUUCUAUCGGCACCAUUUUUCCAACAUCAUGUGCUCACUUCGUGUCCCUUUGUCAUAUUUUGGUAAUUCUCGCAAUGUUCUCGCAUUGAUUUUUUGGACAUAAUGCUGUUGCACACUUAAUAGACUACAGUAUAGUAUAAACAUAAUUUUUAUAUGCACCGGGAAACCAAAACAUUUGUGUGAUUCACUUUAUUGCGGUGGUCUGGAACCGAACCCACGAUAUCUCCGAGGUAUGCCUGUAUUUAAUCAUAAAAUAAGUUUACAUAUAAUAUUACUUUCUAUAAAAAUAUAAAAUAAUGGCAAAGUUUAGAUGUUUAAAAUAGUAAGGACAAACUUCUUUUUUCUCCCUUGGUGCUUUAUUUACAGUAUAUAGAAACAAAUGUACCAUAAUCCAGGUUUGUGCCUUUCUUUGCAUCACUUUUUUUUCAAAAAAAUGAUGCAAAGGCAUGUUCACAAACUGCAGUCCACUUCAUAGAACUUGCUUCUUAUGUUAUGUUUUUUUAAGAUUCUCACAGUAGUGAAGAUGUUGAUGGUGUUCUGGUUGUGGUAUCAUGUGGAUUUGGAAGUAGGUACCAAUUUUUGGAGAAUGCCAUGCCCCUGUCUUCAGCCUGGAAGGUAGCUAGUUCUGCUGUGUUGGUACCCACUUGCAGGUCCACACAGCACCUCAACUGUGAGGACCACAUUUGCCAUUGCUAGUUGAAAUGACUUGGCUGGGGAUUGAACUCUUGUUUCUUGUGUGGACUAUCAAGGCACUAAUGCCAGAAGAGAAAAACUCUUGCUUCAGUGAGUUGAGCAGAGGACAGUGGAACAUUAAUGGAUGUAAGUCUGCAGUGUCAUUAAAUUCCCAUGACACACUUCUGCUAACGUUAAAUGUUGCAUAUAGCCAUCCUGCAAAAUUACUUGAUGUCUCGGUAAGGUACUCACAUGAAGUUGAGAUCUGUGUUCAGUCUUCGGCUGUUUUAGCAUUAUUUUUCAUUAUUUGGGGUGGGGGAUGUAAAGUGUCAAGAAUUGUCACUUAAACACAAAACAAAGUGUCUUGUGUUUUGCCACUUGUUUUAUUCCUGUUAAAUAAUUUUUGUUUUCAUUCAUGGGAGAAAAGCAGAAAGGGAUUUCCAUUAACAGACAACCUGUUUCAAAAUUAAACUUUUUUGAGUAUCUACUACUGGGGUUUAAAUCAUAGCAGUGUUGUUUACACAUUGAAUGCUGGCAGCCUUGUGCUUUUGACUUUUCUUUUUCUUUCAGAAAUACAGUCGCUCAGGAAAAUAUUGUUUAAAAUUAUUUUAGGUUAUGCAGAUCUCACAUUUCAUAAUUUGUCAUUAAUAUUGACUGUCUUCAUCACUACUACUUUUUAAUUGUAUUUAAAAGUUUGAAUCUGAUUGAGCUUUCAUUUGUGCAUUACACAUUACAGGCCGCUUUCUGAUGUGUUAACAGAAGUCAUCUAGCACGCAAUAUAUGUAGACAAUGUAAUAAUUGAAUUCUGUUAUCAUGUCUUUUAUCGGUAGGAUAGUGGUACCGUGAAUAGCUACAAUCAAUCUUUGCUGCAUGCGUUGGAUUAAAAGAAAGUGGAAGGUGUUGUUCAGAAAUCUGAUUCAGAAACAAUAGUAGAUUUCCAAUUCCAUUAACGCAGAUGCACCCACAUUUAUUUGAACUCUCUGACCGUGGUGAUAUCUUUAUAUUUUGAUGAAAUGGCAAAUUAAUGACAUAGACUAUAUCUUAAAACUGUAAUCAUGUUUUGACCCAGCAUAUGGAUUCAGUCAAAUCAAACCAAACCUCAGAAUCUGUUCAAAUGGAUUGUAGCAACUGUAGUGUUUGUAUUUAACGUGGAUAAAUUGUCUACACAGUGCAAUUGCAGAGAGCGUGUCAGCUAACAUUAUAGUUUGGCACAAAAAAAGAGAGUAAGCAUGUAAUAAGAAUAAACAGUACAUACUUCUAAAUAAUGUAGUGAUUCAUGUCAGCAAGAUACAGAUUUAUGUUUUUGAAGGUACCUAAUUGUACUUUCCACUUUAUUACACAUUGUGUUAAUAACAAAAUAAAAAAUGUUUGGUAAUGGAAUCUCCAUAUAUUACCAGACAAAAAUAAAAUGCUUCACUGUAAAUUGAUGGGAAUAUUGCCAUUUAGUAAUAUUAGAACACUCAUUUUGUUGAUGGCGUGACUAACAUGAAGACAUACUUCAUUUUUGUAUUUUGGUUACAUUACUGAAAGUAUUGUAUUUCCUCGAUUUUAAGACACCGUUGAUUGUAAGAUGCUCCCUUGAUUUAGUAAUAGGUUUACAGGAAAAAGACACUGUAACGAUUCUUAGUUGCCGUCAAAUAUAAGAUGAAUCCUGAUUGCAGAAGUUUUAAAAUGCUUUAAGUGUGUGUCUUAUAGUCAAGGAAAUACAGUGUAUAAUUGUCUGAUUUCAGAACUUGUUUUCAUUGUGGUAAGCAAGAUAUAAUAUUGCUGAAGAAACAACUGAUGUGGACAAAAAUUAGAAGCACUCCUUGUGUUAUAAUACUACUAUAUGUGUAAUUACAGAGUUUUCUAUUUUCUCUUUUAUGAUGUUUUUCAGACGUGUUUAUGCCAAAAAUACUGCAAAAUUGAGUAAUAAAAGAUGAUAUUUUGUGAUUCCAUCACUUUUUAUAACAAUUUGAUUCCCUGUAAUUGCACUUGAAAAUAAAAUCUUUGUUUCAAAGGUGCUUGCUGCUUUCCUGCCUUACCUGAGGAUGGAGACAGUAAGCACCACUGAAAUAUUUUUAAAUUCUGCUAGACUACAUGGCACAACAAACCAGAAGAUAGCAAUGUUAAUACUUGCCACCUUGAGAACCUGACAUCAGAUUUUAUUAUAAAUGCAGUAAUAUGUCUUAUAACUUAAAAAAGAAAGCUGCUAUUGAGUUUAAGAUAUUGAUCAAAUUGAGUUUCCAUUCAUAAUGUUUAAUGACUGUAUUGGUAUGAAGGGAUUCAUGUGAUAACACCAACCAAGUGUUUUAAAUCCACAAUGCCACUGAUUGUGAAUGUUUGAUAGAUCGAACUGCGUGAAUUUAUCUAAUGAAUCAUUACAAAGAAAAACCUAAGGCUUAAUUGAAAAAUUUAAAAUAAAUGGACCUGUGAAGCUUGCAUAGUCAGAAUGGAGUUGAAACUGAUAUUGUUCAAACAUAUUUUGCCACAGACAACAUGUAGGUUUGCAAAUGUCUCAUUUUUGCAUUAACAUUAAAACAGUAAAAAUUAUUCAAAAUUUUGUGCAGAACUGUUCAUUGGGUCCUAUUAUAUAUGACAAAGAGAAAAGGACUGGAAAUUACUUUCACUUCAUAUGGUGGCACACAGAUUAUACACCCUUGCCAUAAAAGAAAGCAGUCAUUCAUUUAUUCACAUUAGUUUCAGUAACUACACUGAAAUGAAAAUUGAUUUUCUUGUGUGUAAAUGUUUUGUUAUAAGUCGAGAAAGCUCUUGAACUUCAGUCCAAGUGAGCUUAUCUGUCGUCAUGCAAGGUUUUUCCAGCACACUGCCAUCAAAGAAAUUUCCUCUUGCCAUUCCACAUUUCUACCAGGGACUACUGCUAGGAGAGCUGCUGUAGAUAUUUUCCUGACGUGAAAUGCCGUUCUUAUGUUGAGGGAAACUUCUUGUAUUACGCUUGAUAUUUUGAUUGUAGGUCUAGAAGUUACCUUCAUAAUUUGUAGCAUGCUUGGGAUGCCUGAAUCAUUGUCUGCUUCAUUAAUCAUGUCCUGGCUAAUGAAGGAUUGAUUGUCCUUCAUGUAUUUUGACAGAACAUGAUGCCAUCACACAAAAUACAUGAAAAGCUAUUCAUGCUGAAAAUCAUGGCCCAUGAUGUACUGAUGAUGUUGGUGAGUGUCAGUUAAUCAUCUAUGGUCCUCUCGUAUGACUUGAGCAUUGUCUAUAUUCUCCUCGUUACAAGAUACCAUUGGCAUUCUCUUCUGCAGAUUGUCUUUCUGUGAUUGUAGCUCUGUUUGAAAACUUUUAACCAUUUGUGUAUUGCAGCUAUACCUAUGUGUGAUUCUUUAGGCUCUGAUCAUGCUAUAAGUUUGUAAGAAUAUCGUACCCAAAACUUGAUGUUUGAUGUUCCUUUGUUUUUCUAUAUGUUGAUGUGCUGAGUUCAGAAAAUAAAUUUUGUCACUGAACAGACCAGAGCUUUCUUGCUGUCUGUGCACACUUGCGCCUUUCCCGCAUAUCUCCAAAUGAUUGAAAUAGCUGUUGUGUCAUUCAGCUCAUAAUGAGGAAGUUCACAAACCUCUUUGACUUUACGAUGUAAUAUUUUGGUUUACACUCAUAUGCAACAUUUAAAAAAGUGAACUCGGGGAUCUGGAUAGCAGUGUAAAUGCAUUUCAAGAAUCACCUUUUCUAUUUUGUUGAUGUUUUAACAGUUUCUUGAAGUACAUUUCUUUGCUCUACAGUAAGCAUUGUGUUAUAGUCUUCAGCCAUUUUUAGACAUGAGCAAAAAAUGUAUUUAUAAAAAGACAUUGCACAAAUAGAAUUUAUAAAGGAACAAAGUAGAGACUUUUUAGAAUUUUAUCAAUUAAGUAGUAAAUUACUGAAUAUCUAGUACUAAGGUCAGAUUUUAUAUAAAAGGAAAAUAUGCAAACUCAUUUUGUCAGUGUGGAGUGAAGAACAACUUUGUGCAUAAAAUUGUGUUCUCUGUCCUUUCUGUUAGUGGAGUGAUUCUAUAUGUGUAAAAUUGUAAGUGCAGAAGAUGUAUAAAUUCAUAGACCCUAGCUUUAUAUUUAUUUUCCAUAUACAUCACAUAGAGAUGAGAAUAUGGUUGAUGAACUAAUUUAAAAAAAAUAUUGUUUAUCAUUUAUUUGUAGCAGGAACUACAAUUUUGUCAUAGUAUAAAGUGCCACUGGUAAAUUCAGUAGUAGUGUUAACGAAUGGUAUUACGGAACUUUUGUUAAAGAAAGUUUGCAUUCUUUAGAUUAGGAAACAUGUUUGGAAUAAUUUUUCCUGUAGGAGUGGGUAUAUCAUUUGUAAAACACACCUUUAACAAACUACUGUUUUAUUGUAUGUGAAUAGUUUGCACCAUUCAGUGUUAACUUGUUGAUUACUUUACUGUGCAAGUAAGAGCUUGAUUAUAAGGUCCACAUUUUAAAUGACUAGAAUUUUUAGUACAGAGAAACAUGGAACUGUUUUGUGGACCUUACAUGUUUCAUUGAACUAGAAGAUGUUUAUGAUUAAAUAUGUUCAGUCAUUACUUUCAUUUGGGAACAAGAGUAAACUGAUAUGAAUAAGACUGUUUAGAUAUUGCAUUAUUACUUUAUCUUCUUAAUGCAUCUUUUUAUUUUAAUUUCUUUGAUGAAAUUUUAUAAAAUAAUUGAACAGGUUUUGACUUUGUGAACCUUCUCAGCAGGAGCUAAGUGACAGGUCAAUUGAAAAUGUUACUUCACCAGAAAGUAUUGAACUGAUCAUAACCUUAAACAUCAGCUUAAUGUGGUAUGUAGCUUUCAUGAGAAAGGGGAGGACCAUGGAGACCGACAUGUAGAUGGGAGGCUAAUUUUAAGAGGGAUCUUUAAAACAAGUCAGGAUGUGGACUGGAUUUUUUUAACUGAAGAUAGGUUCCAGUGGCACAUUCUUGUGAAUACAUUAGUGAAUCUUUGUGUUCCUUGUGAGGUGAGGAACUUAUUCUCUAGCCGAGGCAAUGUUAACUUGUCACGGACUGAUCUGUGGAAUUUUGGAGUUCAGUACUUGUGUACAUUUUUUGUCAAGCAAAUAUUAGGUUGUGAAGUGUCAUGUAAGUUUCUUUUAAUGUUACAUUUCAUGUAGAGUGACAGAAACACAAAGAAAUAAAUAGAAUUGUGCCUUUUUCAUGAGAAUAUGGUUAAUGAACUAAUUUAAAAAAAAUAUUGUUUCAUAUGCUGAUAGGUGUGAAAAAGGUGUAACCUAGCAUUCAACAAGACUGAGUGAGUCCAUCUGUGUAACUGUAUUUUCAUACAGAAUAAUUAAUUGAAUGUCAGAAGGCAUUUUGUCAAUAUAAAAGAAUGUAAAAAUUGUUCAGAUGUAUCCUGUUUCUAUAUAGAUGUUUGGUUGUGCUAAGUUAAUUAUGGGAGAGCUUGAAAUAUUUUAAUGCAAGAGAAAUAAACAACAUGCAAAAUCUA